AAUGAAAGUCCAUAUAAACGAUCUGAUGCUACAAAUUUAUUAGCACCUGAAGCAAAUGCUGCCAAGACCGAUUUUCUUACCCCAACUAAACAAAAGACUACGUCCGAAAUUUAUUACACACCUUCACAUGAAAAAAAUCAUGUUUCCUUAUUUAAAACACCAGGAAUUCCUGUAUCCCAAAAGAAAUUUCAGACACCUUCUACAAAAAGAUCAUUUCAACAUGUUGUUAGUCCAGUUGCGACAUAUAUAAACAAAUGCCCAGUUGUUCCUCUUGUGAAAGAUGUCAGGCCUAAGAAACCACUGGUUGCAACUUCAUCUAUUCCCAAACCUAUUAAAAGUGUUUUGAAAGCUAAUAAUAAAGAGAACGUUAAACUACCAUCAUUUGCAUAUAAAGCUGCAAAGGAGACUAAAAUGAUUGACAUUCCUGAUGAAGGCAAAUUACCGCAAAAUCAAUGGGCAAAGCAACUGGUUUCUUCCAUCCCAAGAGCUACAGUGAUCAAACAUGAUCAUAGAGAAGGGUCUCUUAAAAAACCCCUGAAACAUCAUCAGGAAGACAGUUUUGCUGAUCUGUCUAUGCACCAAGCUGAUGUGUCCGUUUGUACCCAAAAGUGCGCAUUUAACAAGCCUAAAAAACUCUUGUGAAUCUUUAUAACUUUAAUUUUAUAUUGGAGGGUCUUGUCUGAGGAAAAUAAAUCCUAUUUAUGUGAUAUGCUUGAAACAUUUUUUUCACCUCACUAACUUGGAAAGGCUUUCUUUCUCAUAAGAAAUCUGCGCGCAAAAGCGUGGAAAAGGUUUUGGAAAUUCGAACUUGACGAUGGAUUGUUCUUUCGAUGACAAAAAAAACAUAAUAACACGUUCAACUACGCUAUUUGUCGUUCAUUUUCCUUGAUAUAGUGAGGCGAAAAGUUGUGUGUUUCGCUCGACAGCAAAGUUGUUUAGCGUCUCGUGUCUCGAAACC